AUGGCAGUCCCGAAGUAUAGAUUCAUCCUAUGGCAAGCUUCUCUCAGCCAUCUUCUUACUAGGGAUAAGUUGCACCAGUGUAAUUUGGUGCUGCCUUCAUUGCUGUGUCUUGUCUGUGAAUUGGCACAGGAAUCUCAUGCACACUUGUUUUUUGACUGUCCCUUUUCUCAACAGCUUAGGGAUCAUUUGUUGGAUUGGUUGGGCAGGGAUAUAUGGCCGAGUACUUAUGCUAGUUGGUGUACCUGGAUGUGUGGGAAGCUGAAGAGUCUGAGGCAUCAGGUGUUGGCUGCUGCAUUAGCAGCUGCUGUUUACAUGGUUUGGAGAAAUAGAAAUCUUUGUGUGUUUGAGAUGAGAUCUCUGGCUGUUGGUCCUGUUAUGCAGCUGAUUAAGUUCAGUAUUAGAUCUAGACUAGCCAGAUUGACUAAGCGGAAAGUGAGAGCCAGUGAGGUGGCGUUCUUAGAGACUAUUACUCAGUUGUAA